ACCUAUCUGUAAUAUAUAUUUUUUUAAUAAACCGGCCGCCCACACUAACUUCGCGUGAGCAUUGCUAACAGAGCUGUAAGCCAAAAUACUCUGGUAGAACAUGUACACAGUGAGUCCAUAAAAUUUUUUCAGAAUGAUGAGCAAUAAAAAAGACAAUAUAGUCAUAAGGAUAAUCUAAAAUACAUCACACGCCUUUUAACAUUUUAAAUGGAACAAGUCUAGUCAUCCGGCCCAAAGAAGGAGGUUAACCCAUCGGCUGGGCAGUUGGCGACAUUCGUCGAGCAAUAUUAAUACAGCAUCUGAUCAGGUUCGACAAAGAGGUAGGUGGCCAAAGCUUUCUUGCAAUGCUUCCACGUUUAUCGCAUCAAAAAGGAGUUGAUUGAUUAUAAAAUUAUGGAUGAUAGCGACAUGGUGAAACGCAACUUCAAGACCCUGCACACUGAUUCCCGAUAAAGCGCUCCACUUGAUUUUGCAAAUCCAAUCAAAUAAGAACAGUGGAAGCAUUAAGCAAAAAACAAAUAUGGCUUAGAUUGGUAAUUGUUGGGGUGGGGAGGCCCGCACGAGCGGGUUCUGCGAAGUAAGCAGCGUCCUCGCUCGGCCAGCCUAUAAACCCUCCAAAAAUACUUGCGCAAAGAGAUUAGCGCGGCGGGCAGCUCUCACCACCCGCUUUGUUUUCCUUACUCAUUAGUUUAAGGCAAGUUGAAACGCUGCAACAAGCCUGGUUUAUAUUGACCCGAGAGCGUUUCACCCAUUUCAGUCUUUCCGAUAUGGGACUAAGUAAAGGGACGCUUCCGCCUUGCUGAUUCAACUUGUCGGCUUCUUUUAGAGUUUCAUUUCCGGCCUUCGCCCGCAAGCGGGAGAGCAUAUAACUUCCCUUCCACCGGCUCCGAGGAGGAGGAGGACGGCCAUGGCAGAGUUCAACGAGCCACGGUCCAAAGCCACCGCCUCUGUGUCCUCGUCUGGAAACCCUACGUCCUUUCUUUCGCGUGCUUCCAAGUGCGCCAAAACCCUAGAGGAGGGAAACCGCUCCUUGUCCGACGACGCGGGGUUCGCUCAAGUUCAACCGAUGAUGGAGGAUUGGCAUCAGCCAUGGUUGAAUGGAGUGGAGUUGCUUGAGGAUUCUAAUCGUAAUAAGCAUUUUCUCCCCACUGGAUAUGAAGGGAUUGAUGUGCUUCUUGGAGGAGGCUUGUGUGAAGGCCAGUUGACAGAAAUAGUUGGGUCAUCAUCUUCUGGUAAAACACAAGUUUGUCUAUAUUCUGCUGCACAUGUUGCGGACAAGCAUUUUGGUGUUGUUAUGUUCUUGGACACAUGUAAUUCCUUUUCUCCGAAGCGUAUUGCAUGUAUGGUUGAUCAACUUUCUAGCUCUUUUUCCGGAGAGGCCAAAGAAAGAAGACUUAAAAGGAUUAUGAGCAACAUAUUUUGUCACUCAAUUUUUGACAUCUUUGCACUUUUGGAUGUACUGCAUCAACUAGAAUUCAAUUUAAAGCAUCAGGUAACAAGUGGACAUACGAAGAUAUGCUUGCUAAUUAUCGAUUCAAUCUCCUCUCUCCUAACCCCUGUCCUUGGAGGCAAAGGUUCGGAAGGACGACUUUUGAUGGUGUCUGCUGGAAUUAUUUUGAAGAAACUAGCAAAUGAGCACAAUGUCUCUGUUUUGGUGACAAAUCAUAUGGUCGGUGGAGAGGGAGGAAUCUUGAAGCCUGCAUUGGGUGAAAGUUGGAAGAGCAUUCCACAUGUACGGCUACAGCUUACCCAUGAUCAAGGGAGCAACAUCUGUAAUGUUUCAAUAUUAAAGCACACAUUCAUGAACCAUCAAUAAUCCAAAAUUAGGUAGGAGUUGAAGUUAUCCAGAAUUCAUCAAUUCCAAUUUCGACGGACAACAUCAGCCCAUCUGGAGGAUGGUAAGCCGAUUUUAUCAAUUGUGGUCCAACCUAGGCUAAUCCCCAUAAGGUGUGUGCUAGUCCUGUCCACUAGCCGCUUCUGGUGAAAGCAUGCCACGGUAGUUGUUCAUUACUCCAAACACAGUCGGUAACUUAUGAUCAUGUUAAGGUUGAAAGAUUAUUGCAUUCCAGUUGUUGUGUUUGUAGCUUUCUCAGACCCUUUUUUGAAUGUUAUCUUGAUCGCAGGCUUCUGGUCGUACUACAAAAUUUGUGAUCCACGGUUGAAGCUGGCUAAGAGCUGCUCUGGAUAGGAUGGGGGAGGUAAAAGAAGAGGCUGCGACUGUGAGGUAGCACAGGGCUUCUUCCUGAUUCAGACCAGGGGGAAAUAUCUUGCAUGAAGUGCUCGGCUGUUUGGAAGCGCAGCUCUUUUUCUUCUCUAGUUUUGGCUUUUUUUUUAUAUGGGGCGAGGGCCCAGAAUACCUGGGCUCUCUUAGAAGGGAAGGCUUGCAAACUGAUAAGAAUUGAUUGAGAAAGGAUGAUCGAAUCCGCUCAAUCGCUGUCCUCUUGCAUUGUCCUUUAAACGUUAAAUACUGUCGUCAUUUUAUCAAACCCUGGGGGACACUGCACCAAUCAGGUCGAUAAAAGGGCAUUUGCAGCGGUGCGUACCCAGGGAAACGUUAAAGACAGAAUAUUUACUCCAAUUGCCGUAUUUCUAUUCCUUUCUCCUAUGGAAAAAUUGGGUGGUAUUCCCAGCUAAGAAACAUGUAAAGGUGACCUCGCAGUGAAAUCCGCAUGAAUUUAUUUUUGAGCCAUGGUCUUUCAGACGCUGCUGAAGAACCAGACAAAUAAAGUUCCCAUAAGGCGUUGCUGUUAGAGCUGUAUUUGCAUCAGGUUUGUAAGCAAUUGCAGCUGUAAAACAUAUGCACAGAUUUAGGCAGCCCUCCUGCUGCUGAAGAACCAGACAAAUGAUAUUCACACGAGGAGUUUGCUGUUACGGUUUUAUUUUUAUCAAGGGGUAAGCAGCUACGGUUACAGACAUAUGCCUUCCAACUGGCAAUCAGAUUUAGGUCUACAAAGACUGACAGUUUGGGUUGCACUUAUUUAAAACAGUUGAGGUUGUGUAUCCUGGUCGCUUCGUGAUGUGGGUUGAACGGCCCCUGUAACACAUUCCCUCCAUUAGCAUUCUGCUGGAAGUGGCAUAAUUCAUGAGAACUAUUUUUUUUUUCUUUCUAAAAUGGAUGAUUCAUAUAGCUCUUGUACGAACACAUUCAAAAUAGAUGAAAGCUAAACUAGAUUCGCUUCUCA